AUGUCACACUACGCGACUCCCUUUAUAGCUAUCAAUUUAGGCUGUGAAAUGGUUUUUGUUGUGGACCAGCGCUUAAAAGCGCAGAAUAUUUCCCUGGACAAGUCUGAAAAAGUACUCACCGAUGUAGUGACUGUACUAUUUCACCCUAAACUGCUAGAUGAGUUAUUUACACCACAACCGGUAGCCAGUCACACUCUUCUAAGACAACUACUUCAAGAUAUAUCCGCCUCCUCAAUAAUGAAACUAGAUGAUUAUUCAAUGAGCAAGCUAUGGGAUCUUAUGACGAUGAUCUUCAAAUGGCAAUUGUCUGUAGCGACGAAUCAAAAUAUUUUCGACAUCACCCGCCGCCAUCUGCGUAGUGUGGCCAUGCUAAUGCCAGUAUUUUUCCCCAAAUGCAUUAUUGAACAAGUUAUGAGAAGAUUUGAAAAUUUAGCUCAUCAAUUUACUGACGAUGACUAUAGAGAUCUAAGCAAUACGCUUUUAGUCUGGUUUUCAGAAUAUCAUGCUAAAAUAUCUGUGCUUUUAAGAUUGGGUUUACAAAGAAAAGAUGGUUCGUUUUACUUACCAUCUACGAUAAGUACAAACAUAUUGCAUAAUGUUGGUGAAAAUAUUUAUAAAUACGACAAUAAAAAGAAUCCUAUUGAAGACUUUGAAAGCCGAAGUGCCGAUACGAGUGAAAUUAACUGUCUCUUAGCAACAAUUGAAAAAGUUCAUUCUAAAAAUAAAAUUGAGUUGCAAUUACCCAUUGAAUUCGGAGAUACAAGUUCAAGAAAGAAAACUUUGGAAAUCCCUAGGGAUAUUCAGUUCGAAACUAUUGAUACAAAUGUAAAAAUAAAUAACGCAGACCUGACAUUCAUUCCUGACAUUCCCAAGUCACCUCAAGAAGACCUGUUAGAAAUGUUGGAAGGACCUGAGGAUUCUAUAUUCUAG